CUUGCUGCGGCCCAGCAUGUGCUUCACCAGUGCGGUGCAUUCCCUACCUUAUCUCACCUACGGCCAAGUCGUGUCUUCCUAACCAUGAGAUCCGCCGGAGCAUGAAUUGGUCCACAGUCGCGAGAACCAAGCAGAACGCCGCUCAUGGCGGUCUGUAGAUUGUAGUGCAGAUUGUGUUCCUGUCCAGGUUCUUAGAAUCUUGGAGGUGGUGGUGAGACGGGACCACGGGAGCUGGGAACUGCUACCGAAAGCACGGUCCCUGCGGUGCGGCUGCACUGAUUUUCCAACGUCCGCCACGGUACGGUGGUGGUGAGCUAUGGGAAUAUUAACAAAAGCAUCGGAAGCAGACUAGAUCCAACCACCACGCCACGGCUGAGGCGUCGUACCCAGACUUUCCACCGCACCCGUCUGUUUGCGCAAAAAGUGCAAAACCGCCCAAUCCACCCCAUUCGUCAGAUCGCGCCGGACCACCUUACCUCGCCCUCCUUCAGCCUUGCGCACGCACGCGACAAGAGAGACGUCGCGAUCCCAACUUCGCCCCGAGGCUUUCACGAACAAUUCUUUCUUCGGAAAACGGCGAUCAAACAAAUCAGCUCCAGCGAAUCCAUCAACGAAAUUCAAAUCGAGACCGACACAGCUGUGACCAUACCCUGCCAAUCCUCAUCGUCAACUUCUUCACAGCCCCCACGAACAAAAACACAAGAAACCGCAACAAUGGUAGUCAACGAGCUCGUAUCAGACAAGAAACUCGGCGCGGUCCUCCAGACCUCAGGCUACGCCCAAGACCAAGCCGCCAAGCUCCUCCACCUCCUCACCGAAAUCACCCGCGCGGCGGCCGAAGAGUCAGGAUCAGCUUCUUCAUCACCAGAGCUCCAAGCCGCCCUGUCAAAGGAACAGAAACUCCUCCUCACAAACAUCUCGCACCUCCGCGGCCUGCACCGCUCUGCCAACUUCGACGCCAGGGACACAAAAGCCCAGACCGCCGAGGCGCGCCACGAGGUCGACCGCCUGCACCUCCAGCUGCAGAACCUCUACUACGAGCAGCGCCAUCUCGAGGGCGAGAUUGAGGCCUGCGAAUCUUACGACCACACCUACCAGAAGCUACCUCUCAUCCCCGUCGAAGAAUUCCUCGCCGAGCAACCAGAGCACGCCGACGCCGACGAGGACGCCUUGAUGAUUGCACGCAUCGGCCACGAGCGAGUGGGACGUGAAGCUCUCGAGCAGCAGAGGCUCGAGUUGGUGGGCAGGAAGCAGAAGCUCAUUGCCGAGAACAAGAAGCGCAAGGACGAUCUGGCCAACCUCGAUAAAGAUUUGGAGAAGUUCAUUGAUGCUGCGAAACCCAUCCAGGAGCUCUUCGAAAAGGUUGUAUGAAAGCGGCAGAUGGAACGUACUUCCCCGUUGGACGAGCUCGAUCUUUCGGCUGCUGCACGAAGUGUCUAGCAGAAGAUGCUUCGGUAUCAAUAGAUCGUGUACCCCACUGCUCUGCGAGAGCCUCUGACCCAGCUUCGUGGCUCGGCACUUCAGCUGGGGAUGCCGCAGAAACAAGAUGGCCCAGCGAGAAUUCUGAACACGAGCAUCUGCGGGGGAAUCAGUCUACUAGGCGUUGCGAUGCCCUAGUAUCCUUCUCAAGGCUGAACUCGGAGUCUACGGAUGAGGACUUUUCUCGAAAGCCGCGAGCAUGCCUGCGAGGGUGGGGCUACGGAAGGACGGCAUCUAAGCUCAAAGGGUAUAUUACGGUGACACGCACCCGCGGGCACCGUUGAACAUGUCAAAGUUGGGCCUGGGGUGGCUCUGUUGCUGACAGCGCAGCGUAAUAGCGCGCUGCGCCUCCAAAGGGCUGCCGAUGGGAUUGCAAAGAGGAGUGAACAUCACAGACGGGGUCCGAUAAAAGACCACAAGGCCGAGGAAAGGCUCGCCUCACACCUUCAUAGCCCGCCGAGAACCACGACGUCAUCGCAGACGAUUGGCGUCGUCAGCUCAAUAAUCAAUAUUAUACAGGUCGAAAC